AAGGACAACACUGGUGGCAAAUUGAUAUGUCAAAUUGUGUGCCGCUCUGUCGACUCGCAGGAAGACGUUUUUUCGUGCGCGCUUCUUGUUGCUUAUUAUCCAUUUGAACUUAUGAAGGUUUUCAGAUCUUAUAUAUUUAGCUUUUCAUAUCUUGCAUUGUUUGUGAAACCUUUGGGAUCAGUGGCAUUCUCACAGUGCAGCACAGUUCCGACCAUGGAUAGGAAGCAGGGAGGACUACCUUGUACAGGCGAUUACACACCUGGUGCUAGUUCAGUGGCUUUGGUAACAACACCCGAUGAGACUUCUGCGAAGAAAAUCGCGAACGGAUUGAUUUCGAAGAAGUUGGCGGCUUGCGUGAACAUUGUUCCACGAAUCACAUCCAUCUAUGAAUGGGAGGGCAAGGUCAAUGAAGAUAGCGAGUGCCUCAUCAUAAUUAAGACUAGAACUAGCCGGGUAGAAGAGCUAGUUGGGUUCGUGAGAGAGAAUCACCCAUAUAGUGUCGCAGAGGUUAUUUCCCUACCUAUAGAGAAUGGUAAUUUUCCUUAUCUUGAUUGGAUUGCAAAGACUGUACCAGAAAAAUCGAAAUAAAUUACCUACUUUAACGAUUAA